AAGUCAAAGACCGACAGAACACAAAACGAUGACGAAUGUGUCUUGUUUUCGUGGGUCAGACACUACUUGGGAAGUUUAUCUUGAGUCACACUUCACUUUGAUGGCGACGCAGAAGCAGACGACGGAGAAGGAAACAAAACCAAAAUUCAAGCCAUUUAUCAUGCCCAACCUCAUCCCACCGAAGAUUCCAGAUGGAGAGAAAGUGGAUUUUGAUGACAUACAUCGCAAACGAAUGGAGAAGGACCUGAUGGAGCUUCAAAUGUUAAUCGAGGUUCAUUUUGAAAGCCGAAAGAAGGAAGAAGACGAGCUCAUUCAGCUCAAAGACCGAAUAGAGAGCCGCCGCUCUGAGCGAGCGGAGCAGCACAGAAUCCGCAGCGAACGCGAGAAGGAGCGGCAAAAGCGUCUGGAGGACGAGCGAGCUCGUAAAGAGGAGGAAGAAGCCAAGAAACGAGCGGAGGACGACGCCAAGAAGAAGAAAACACUGACUAGUUUGCACUUUGGGGGUUACAUGCAGAAACUGACGGAGAAGCGUAGCGGCAAGAAGCAGACCGAAAGAGAGAAGAAGAAGAAGAUCCUGAGUGAAAGACGUAAAUCUCUCGAUAUUGAAAACUCCAACCAGGAGCAACUCAAAACGAAAGCGAAGGAGUUGUGGGAGUGGAUCCACCAGUUGGAGGCAGAGAAGUUUGAAUUGCAGCACCAGAUCAGCAGCCAAAAAUACGAGAUUAAUGUACUGAGGAACCGUGUAAGUGACCAUCAGAAAACAUCCAAGAGGACCAAAAGGGGUCUGAGGAAAUAGAUGAACAAUUUAGCCGUCCUGCACCGAAACUAUAUAGUUUCCAUACUGUAUGUGCGUCAUGGAUCUUUGCUGCAUUAUUGAAUAUAAAUAAAAACCCUUUCAGACCAG